AUGCCAAACAGUGUAGAACCGUUAAAAGUAGAUGUUCCAAAAGAACCAGAAGUAGCAGAAACCACUGGGAAUGCAACUGAAACUGACGCCACCACUACCACUGCGGAACCUUCCAAGAAAAAAAAGAAUAAGAAAAAGAAGAAGAAAAAUAACGUUAAAGCUAUUGAAUUGAUUUUCCCUGAAGAAAAAUAUCCUCAAGGUCAAUGGCUAGAUUAUGAGCAAGAUUUCAAUUUAAAACGUAAAACAGAUACUGAAAAAAAAUAUUUGAAAUUAAGUGAAGAUAAUUACCAACAUUGGAAUGAUGUUCGUAAAGGUGCCGAAAUUCAUCGUCGUGUUAGACAAAAUGUAAGGCCCAAAAUUCAACCAGGUAUGAGUUUAACAGAAAUUGCAGAAUUAAUCGAAAAUUCGACAAGAAAAUUCACCAAAGCUGAAAUCAAUUUAAAUAAUAUGGAAAAUCCAAAAUUGGCAGGGAUCGGUUUCCCAACUGGUCUUUCUAUUAAUGAUUGUGCAGCUCAUUUCACUCCAAAUAAAGGUGACAAGACUGUUUUCAAAAAGGGAGAUGUGAUGAAAGUGGAUUUCGGUGUUCAAGUUAAUGGUAAUAUCAUAGAUUCUGCUUGGACAGUUGCAAUGGACCCUAGAUAUGAUAAUUUAUUGAAAGCUGUUCGUGAAUCCACAGAGACCGGUGUUCGUGAAGCAGGUAUCGAUGUGAGAUUAACAGAUAUAGGUGAAGCCAUCCAAGAAGUUAUGGAAUCCUACGAAGUAGAAUUAGAUGGUAAAGUGUACCCAAUUAAACCAUGCCGGAACUUGUGUGGUCAUAACAUUGGACCUUAUCGUAUCCAUGGAGGUAAAUCUGUCCCCAUUGUGAAAAACGGUGAUGAGACUAAGAUGGAAGAAGGCGAACAUUUUGCUAUCGAGACGUUCGGUACCACAGGUUCCGGAUACGUAAUCCCUAGUGGUGAGGUCUCUCACUAUGCAUUAAGCAGUGACUACGCCAGUUUGGCACCACCAAGUCUAUCAAGAUCUAAACAUCUCCUUACUACCAUACAGCGUAACUUUGGCACAUUACCAUUCUGCCGUCGUUACUUGGAUGGGCUAGGCGAAGAUAAAUAUUUAUUUGCCCUGAACAAUUUGGUCAAAGAAGGUAUCGUCCAAGAUUAUCCUCCACUGAUGGAUAUCGAGGGCUCAUACACUGCUCAAUUCGAGCAUACGAUCUUAUUGCAUCCACACAAGAAGGAAGUAGUUUCCAGGGGUGAUGACUACUAA